AUGGGGAUACUUGAUAGUGAAAGUGCCACUCCUACACCGAAUAAUUUGUCUGCUUUUGGUGAAUUAGUGAUUCCAGGUUUUGAAUUAUAUUUUAUAUCUAAGGAUGAUUCAGAAGAUAGCAAUUAUGAUCCUGAUGAAAAAAAAUUGAAACUGUCUGAAGGACAUCGUCCUAAUGAUGAUGAUAUUCAGAAUAGUUUUGAUAAGCAGGAAGAAUUGUUGUGGCUACCAUGUUUCAUUCAUACUUUACAACUUGCCGUGAAAGACGGACUGAAUGAAAGUGAAUGCAUUCGGCCACCGUUGAGUAAGGUAGCUGAGAUUGCAAAAUUAAGUCACAAAUCUAUUACGACAGCUGAAAAAUUACAAAAUGAAAAAUUUAGUAUUCCAGAAGCUAUUGUAACUCGUUGGAAUUCGCAAUUUCUUACGGUUUCAAAAGUUGUUGAUAUACCUAAUACUUUAUUAAAUGAACGAACAAAAAAAACUGAAUUAUUACUUUCUACUAAAGACUUAGCUGUUUUACGUGAAUUUGUAUCUAUAUUUACAUUGUUUGCUGAAGCUACUACACGAACGCAAGCUGAGCAAAGUAUAUCAAUAUCACUUGUUGGACCAAGUAUACUUGCAAUUUAUUAUGAUCUAGAAAACGAAUCAAGAAUAUGCAAGCAUACAAAACCAUUAUGUCAUGCACUUAUGACUUCAUUAUUAGCAAGAUUCGGUGGCUUUUUAUUGAAUCUUGAAAUACCUGUCGAUGAUCAUGUCAAACAUCGAAACACGUUCAAUCUUUUUUCUGAUGAUAUAUUUUUGGUUGCUUCUUUCUUAGAUGGUCAAUUUAGGCUACGCUGGAUAAUACAAUCGGCUUUACCUCUAGAUACAAAGGAUCGUUUAUGUGAAAAGAUAAAGAAUUUGGUUGCCCUUUGGGCUUUUCAACUUAUUGGUUGUAAUACUGAUAAUCAAGAUGGUAAUGUUACACAGGCUGAAGCAACUACAUCAACAGUCGGCAACGUUUUAUUAUGUACAAAAGAUAUAUGUGAUGGUGGUGGUCUUACACCAAAACGAAAAAGCCUUUUUUCUUAUUGUGAAGCACCACAAAACUGA